AUGGUCAAGAACUCUUCAGUCGAGGAAGACUACCAGGAUGUGGUCGAGGCUGCCGCUCAGGUCUUCAUCAACUCCUUCCUGGCAAUGGACAACCCCGUACGACAAACACGCAUCGAGGCAAAGGAACUCAACCGCCAGUGGAAAAAUCUUAUCCAGGGACGGGAAGAAAUUGGACUGGAGGGCGACGACGAAUAUCUGGACGAAGUCAGCAUCAACAGGCAACGACUCUCCCUGCUGGCAGUCUACACUCGCCAGACCAGAUCGGCCUUCAAGAGAAUCACGAUCGCCGAUAUCCGCGACGCAAUCAAAGCCGAUAUCGUUUAUGGACCCGUCUCCCUGCCUGAGUUGCGCAUCGACGAAGCGGUUCAACUUGCACAGUACGUGGCGAACGACACGAAACGACUGGAUUCCCUCUACAACAACACCCUCAAGAAGAUCAUUGAACGUAUGAGAACCAAGGACAAGGCAAUCCCUCGCCCAGCUGAUAAGGAGGCACUGCUCGUGUUGCAGGCAAAGCACGACGACAUCGUUAAAGCUAUCUACAGGAAGGAGCCCAAGGACAAGUCUGUAGAUGAGUAUCGGGACGAGAUCUGGUUGCAAGAGGAGAGGGUUCAGGACAACGUCGCAGCACGACAGCUGCAGCAGGAAAUUUCGGAUGAGUGGGAUACCAUGAUAGCGGAGGAGGAGGAUGAGGAGGGGGGGCGCGUGAGGCAGUCUUCGAGGCCCAGUGCUUCUCAGAGAAGGAAAUUGCGCGAGGAGAAGGCUCAGGAUAAGGCCUCUGCACGAGAACCGCACCGGGAAGUAUCGGAGGAGUGGGAUACCGAGAUAGAGGAGGAGCCUCUCAAGAGACAGUCUUCUAGGGCGAGUACUGCUCAGAAGAAGACGAAGGACUUGCCGGAAGUGGGGGCUCGGCGUCAUGAAGUGAGGGAGAUGUCGGACAUUGACAUGGACAUGGAGGUGUCUUUCGAGAAGCAGCCCUCUAAGGCCAAUGCUAUUAAGAAGAAGGACUUGCCGGAAAAGAAGGUUCGGCGGCGUGAAUUAAAGGUGGGGUCGGACAGCGAGAUGGAGGAGUCUUUCGAGAGGAAGCCUUCUAAAGCCAGCAUCUCUCAGAAGAGGAGCAAGCAGCAACAACAACAGCGACAACAGCCUGUCCAUAACGAGGACGACAUGGAUAUUGAUGACAUUCAUCGGCCGCCUGCCACACUGUUACUGUCACAACAAUCGACCAAGGCAGGAACGUCAGGCAGUAGGCAAGUUGCAGUGCGGGAGAGCAGGCGGAUACCGGUGAUACAAGCCACCAAGCCCAGGACCAAGAAGAACAUGGAGCCAGAAUCACGGGAGCGCCACAAGGACGUGCCAGACUCUGAUCACAGUGACUUUGAGGUGGAAAAGCAGGAAGAGGUGGAAGAGGAAGACGAGGACGAAGAGGAUGAGCCAGUCAGGAAGAAGAAGAGGAAGGACAGCAAGGAGGCCAAAUCCAAGCGUAGACAGAGAACAAACGGUUCUCCUUCUUUUUCGAAUUCCGCAGACGAGGACGACGGCAACAACGGUAGCAACUCGGCAGAAGACUCGGAUCCAGGAACGAGGGCGAACGGUCGGAGGCGAUCGCGAAAGUGGACGUUGAAGGAGGUUCAAGUGUUGAUGGACUUGGUUCCCAUGUUCCAGUACGACGAGUCCGAGGUGAAGGUCAGGAAACGCACGAUCAAGUGGGCGGCACUCAAGAGAUACGACAUGGACAAUGGAUAUGUCCUCCGACACCGCAGCCAGGUUAUGCUCAAGGACAAGUACCGGGAACAGACCGAUCAGGGGAAGCAUCGUCAACAUGUCCGAGCACUCCGCCUGGCCCGCGAGGCCAUGAAAAAGCAGGCUGCCAAGGAGGCUGAGGGGGCGGGUGCGAAAAAGGCUGCGAGGGGGAGGAUUACCAGAGACCCUGAAUUGUCCGAGGACGUCUAUGAGGAGGACGACGACGACAACGAGAAUGCGUAA